GAUGGUAAUGGAAAUUGGCAAUGGGUUUACUUUCAUUGAUCAAAGCAACAGAUGUCUUUAGCUUUCUUUGUGAUAAUUUAAUAAAAUAAAUAAAAAAAAAAAUAUAAAUAAUAAUAAAUUUAAUUUUUAUUUCUUUUUCCCGCUAAAAUGAUUGUGCCCAUAGUAAGAGAUGGAGUUUUACAAGAAUGGGCAAUUAUUGAAUUACAAGGAAAUUUAGAAUUCCACAGUAAAAAUUCUUCAGACAAAUGUUUUAUCGGUGAUUUAUAUUACGAAAAAAAUGACACGCCGGUUUUAAUAAUCGGAAUGCAUAUUUUACAUGGCAAAGAAUUGGUGUUACCUAAACCUCUUGCAGUGCUGGAAAAAAAAACCAGCGAUGAGACAAUUGGUACUGAGUAUGUAGUAAAUGCGAUUGUUAAAAAAAAACUGGUAUUCAAAGGACGACCUAAGCCGAUUGUAGCAGAUUCGACACUUAAUAAAUCAUUAUAAUAAAAUAAAACACAAUUAAUUUACAAAAAA